AUGCAGAGAAUAUUAGAGAAGAAACACUUCAGAAACAAACAGAAAGAGAUAGAAUACAUUUCGAAGAAAUUGCAAUCUUACGAUUGGAAGACUUACCCUCAUAGAUGUCUUCUUAUUUUAGAUGACUUUGCUUCUCAUCCUUUGUUAAAGAACAGAGAACAAGAUAUGUGUCGAAUUCUUAAGAAGCUCAGACACUUUAACAUCUCAGUUGUCAUUUGUGUACAGACAGCAAAGAGUUUAAGUAAGGAUGUUAAAAGAAUACUUACUGAUAUCAUACUUUUCCCUGGAUUGUCCGAAGACGAUUUCAUGGAACUUAUGAAAGAGUCCAUGGCAGGUAAGUUUGACAGACAUGAACUAUGGGAGAAGUACAAAGUCAUACAAGACCCUCAUACUUCUUUCAGAAUUCAUAUCUACGCAAACAAAGUUCAAAUUGUAAAAAGUCAAGCUUGA